ACUAGGAUGCUACUUGGGUUGGAUCUGCUUUCAUGGAGGGAAGUUGGGUCCGUGGGUGGGUCCUGUCGGGCCUGUUCAUUUUUGGGUUCAAUUCCUUUAAUUAAUCGAUUUUUGUUCUUUCAUUCACAGAAGAACAGAUUUGGCGUCGACAAAAACAAAGCUGAGCUGGAAGCUGUGAAACCCAAGUGGAAUCCCAAAGAUUUCUGCAAGGAGAAGGAGGGAAGCUGCUAAAUUUGCUCAAUUAUAGAAUGAAGUUAUUUGCAGUUUUCGUGAGGAAGAUGGAUCUUUUGAUGGUUCCAUACUCAUCAGAUCCUAGCUUGAAAAUAAUUCAAUGGCCAUUGUUUCUGCUUGCAAGCAAGAUUCCCAUAGCAUUGGAUAUGGCAGCUCAAUUUCGAGGAAAAGACUCUGAUCUUUGGAGAUGCAUAUGUGCAGAUGAAUAUAUGAAGUGUGUUGUGAUUGAAUGCUAUGAAUCUUUUAAAAAUGUCAUGAAUGCUUUGGUAGUAGGAGAAGCUAAAAAAAGCUUGAUCGGGUGCCAAGUUUAUUCCAAAGGCCAAAUCAAAACAGCUUUCUCCAAAAGGAAAUACUAGUUGUUCACCUUGUUAAUGCCAUGCAUUCAGAGGAUGCAGUUCAUAACUUAUGCUUCUGGAUCUUUUGCUCUUUUUUCUUGACUUAAUAUGUUACUUCUUCCAUGUGCAAUAAAUGCAGCAUGCAGUGCACUUGUGGAUGCUAGAAUUCCCUUAAAACAUCUUGCUAGUAAUCUAGAUUUGUUGGAUUUUGCAACACCUUGUUCUUUUGCAAUGCAAACCCAACAGAUCUUUAUUCCCCGUGUUAAAAUUAUAGAUGUCUUUAUAUUCAUGGUUAGUGGAAAUUUUAUUAUCCCAAAAGGUAGGCUACACCAAGAACUACUACAUAAAAUGCAGAUAUAAUGGAGUUUUUUUUAAUUAAUGAUUUGAUUCUUACU